AUGUACACGUAUCGCACCACAACGAGUUCAUCAUAUGGUGGUGCCGGUGCCGGCACGGGCGGUCUAUCGACGGCGAGAGGAUUGGAGACGGGUGCCGCAGGUGCGAUGACCAGCAUGAGCACCGUCACCCACGAGAUGCGUGCUGAUGAUGAGGUGGUGGACUCAUCUCGUGCCACAGCCAUUAAACUCGAACAACCCGAACCUGAAGAUCAUACUUCGGCCGGAGCUGGAGCUGCAGCUGCAGAUCAAAGUGGUUCGUUACAAGAAUGA